AUGGUUUCAUUCUCCUGUGAAGUUUGUAACGAUACUGUUAUUAAAAAAAAGUUAGAUCAGCAUGCACAAAGAUGCCGUGGGGCAUAUUUUACAUGUAUUGACUGUUCGACUACGUUUCAAGGAACCGACUAUAGAAAACACACCAGCUGUAUAUCUGAAGCUGAAAAGUAUGAAAAAGGGUUGUACAAGAAAAAGACCAAACAGCCAAAACCAGCUCCAGCUCCAGCUCCGGCUCCAGCUCCUCCCACAAAAACACAACCAACUUUAUUUAAAGAUGUUACCGGAUCCCAAAACCUAUACAAAGUCCUUAAAAAGGCCUCCAAAGACGACUCCAAAAAACUUAAAGACAUUCUCAAGUCGUUGAAAAUUACCAAAGUCGAUGACAAAUUCGUUAUAGAAUCAUAA